AUGACAUCCCAUAACCAAAAUCCCAUCCCACCAUCCCAUCCCCAUCCUCCCAUUCCCACCUCCCAUCCCCUCAUCUCGCCCCAUCAUCUCGCCCCAUCAUCUCGCCCCGUCUUCUCGCCCCAUCAUCUCAACCCAUCUUCUCGCCCCGUCUUCUCGCCCCAUCAUCUCAACCCAUCUUCUCGCCCCGUCUUCUCGCCCCAUCAUCUCAACCCAUCUUCUCGCCCCGUCUUCUCGCCCCAUCAUCUCAUCCCAUCUUCUCGCCCCAUCUUCUCGCCCCAUCUUCUCGCCCCAUCUUCUCGCCCCAUCUUCUCGCCCCAUCAUCUCACCCCAUCUUCUCACCCCAUCUUCUCACCCCAUCUUCUCGCCCCAUCAUCUCGCCCCAUCAUCUCGCCCCAUCAUCUCGCCCCAUCAUCUCGCCCCAUCAUCUCGCCCCAUCAUCUCGCCCCAUCAUCUCGCCCCAUCAUCUCGCCCCAUCAUCUCGCCCCAUCAUCUCGCCCCAUCAUCUCGCCCCAUCAUCUCGCCCCAUCAUCUCGCCCCAUCAUCUCGCCCCAUCAUCUCGCCCCAUCAUCUCGCCCCAUCAUCUCGCCCCAUCAUCUCGCCCCAUCAUCUCGCCCCAUCAUCUCGCCCCAUCAUCUCGCCCCAUCAUCUCGCCCCAUCAUCUCGCCCCAUCAUCUCGCCCCAUCAUCUCGCCCCAUCAUCUCGCCCCAUCAUCUCGCCCCAUCAUCUCGCCCCAUCAUCUCGCCCCAUCAUCUCGCCCCAUCAUCUCGCCCCAUCAUCUCGCCCCAUCAUCUCGCCCCAUCAUCUCGCCCCAUCAUCUCGCCCCAUCAUCUCGCCCCAUCAUCUCGCCCCAUCAUCUCGCCCCAUCAUCUCGCCCCAUCAUCUCGCCCCAUCAUCUCGCCCCAUCAUCUCGCCCCAUCAUCUCGCCCCAUCAUCUCGCCCCAUCAUCUCGCCCCAUCAUCUCGCCCCAUCAUCUCGCCCCAUCAUCUCGCCCCAUCAUCUCGCCCCAUCAUCUCGCCCCAUCAUCUCGCCCCAUCAUCUCGCCCCAUCAUCUCGCCCCAUCAUCUCGCCCCCAUCAUCUCGCCCCAUCAUCUCGCCCCAUCAUCUCGCCCCAUCAUCUCGCCCCAUCAUCUCGCCCCAUCAUCUCGCCCCAUCAUCUCGCCCCAUCAUCUCGCCCCAUCAUCUCGCCCCAUCAUCUCGCCCCAUCAUCUCGCCCCAUCAUCUCGCCCCAUCAUCUCGCCCCAUCAUCUCGCCCCAUCAUCUCGCCCCAUCAUCUCGCCCCAUCAUCUCGCCCCAUCAUCUCGCCCCAUCAUCUCACCCCAUCAUCUCGCCCCAUCAUCUCGCCCCAUCAUCUCGCCCCAUCAUCUCGCCCCAUCAUCUCGCCCCAUCAUCUCGCCCCAUCAUCUCGCCCCAUCAUCUCGCCCCAUCAUCUCGCCCCAUCAUCUCGCCCCAUCAUCUCGCCCCAUCAUCUCGCCCCAUCAUCUCAUCCCCUCACCCCACAUAAUCCCCACUCACACGGCGCCCAGGGCGGGGAGGGCAAGGCCCCAUAUAUCCCUCACCACCGCCACCUGCUCCCCUUCGCCCUCACCCCCACUCGCACUGCUCCUCUCCUCUUCCUCUCCUUCCUUCCAGCCACCACCACCAUCAGCAGCAGCAUCAGCAGCAAAUGACAUGGUCUUUACCGCCCUCCUCACCCUUCUCCUUCUCAUCCCCUCAACACCCCCCAUCCCCCCCACCGCCCGCUUUCCCCCCACCGUCCACACCGCCCCGCUCUGCCAUGCCCCACCCCGCCCGCACGCCACACCGAAAUCCAAGCGCGGCGACCGGGAGAGGACAGACGACGGCGGCGCUCCCGCCGGGACUACUAGUAACGAGGACGCUCUUAGCGGAGCGCAUUGCGGGACCGGAACCACUGCAGCGCGGUGGAGUGGAGGCGGAAGCAUGGGCGUGAGCUCUCGAGACGACGGCGUGUCACAACAGCAGCGAGUGGAGGAAGCGCGGGGGAGAAGAGGGAAAGGAUCGUUGUGA